AAACUGAUGGAAAAUGAAAGUGCCCUAUAUGACCACUUAAUCCGAUACUUGUUUGGACUACUGAACAUUCGGAAUCCUUCGCAGUGUGUGGGGUCUUAAUGCUGUACAUAUACUAUCUACAUGUAAGUGAAAACAUCUCACCAAAUGGUCCAAGAUCAAACGAAAAUUUAGAAAACGCCGAGAGAGAUUUAUUUAGACGCGGAAAUAGUGUUACAGACUUCUUAAGGAUAACUAUAAACGUAAAACGUAAAGGUUGAACGUGUUUUCUACAACGAACGACGUGACCACCAGAAAACAACAUUCGAAGAAAUUUUGGAACAGUUUACAUUAGGUUUCAGUAAAAUCAGCAAUAAUUGAGGACAAGGUGUGUACCUGAAAUACGCUUCUUUAAAUGAAUCUUGUGUCGGAUGAUUCUUUUUAGUAUUCCACCGGACGACUGAUUACUUUCGUGAAAGGAAACUAAAUAAUAACUUGAUCUGCCUAUUUAUUGAGUGUGGCGCACGAUCGUAUUUAUACAUAUUGAAACAUAUUUAAUAAAAAAAAAACGCAAGAAAGAAAAAAAACAGUGUGGUGUUUAAACACUUGAUAAAUACCUCGGUGAGGAAAGCACACCCUGUAAUUGGAUACGUGAAACAUUUAAUGAUUUAAACAAAUAUCUUGUUUCCACCGUGUGACAUCUAAAUAAAUAUAUAUCAAAUAAUUUCUUAAAAGUAUAAAGUUAAAUGGUUACUUUACUAUAGAAUAAAUAUAGAAACAGUAUCUCACCCGGUUUUGACAUUAUAUUUAGCAAACAAAAAAAUAUAGACGCAUUAUUAAUAGUUGUCGCUAAAUGCUGUAUUUUUCCAACAAAAGGAACAUUGAAAUGGUUUCGGCCCCGUGGUUGGGGUAUCACUUACAGGGAUGAGACGUUACGUCGAGAUAGCAUCAUUUUGACAAAUGACGGCAUCUUUAUAGAAGAAUAGGACAUAUUUAGGUGUAUUGUUGGAGAGAUUAAUGUCGUAAAAUUUCCUAAUUUAUGAAGUGAUUCUCCGAUUAAAGAAAUACUUGACUCCCAAUUAUUAACAUUUUACCCAUCGUCGGGCAAACAAAAAAGAGAAAAUUUAUAUUAAUGUAUCAGAUACCUCUAAAUACCUAUCAGAAUUAAUAAACAACUGUGUCAAUAUAGUUGAAAAGUAUCAAUUUAGAAAAGGAAAUAAAGAGAAAAAGAAAAGCCUUCUGUUCGGAUAUCGUUUUCGCAGGGAAAAAAGAUGACAUAAAGUUUUAAGAAGAACUUGCAACAUUUAGGUUAUUUAUUUAGGAUUGUCAAAUUUUGAAGCCUUGUUUAUCAGGCUUUUUUCUCUAAAUCAAAUACUAAAGUGUUGAUCUUAACGUGUCGGAAGUUGUAUUUAAAGAAAGGAACGAUUGAAUAGAAAUUAUAGAUACAAGUAUGGAGAAGAUUAAAACAAAAGAAGAAGACAUUGAAGCCGACGAUAUAGACGUUGAAGCAGACGAACUUUCUGCUGAUGCUACAAGAGACAGUGAGAAAGAGUCAAGAUUGCACGGAAAUGAACUUAGGAGUGAAAACAGCGAAAAGACUUCCGGUUGUCAAGAGAAAGACACAGGGAAACUGUCCUCCAAAAAUGGAGACCGAAAUGGUUUUAUUCCGGUGCAUCAUAGAUUGACCGACACUUAUCUGAAAAGAAAAUAUUCUGAAAUUGACUCUAGUGAAGAGUUGUCAAAAAACUUUUUAAAUGAUUCUUUACGGGCACGGACAGACGAUAAAUCGUCUGCAGUCUAUAAUAUCGAGCAGACGUUUCCAAUGGACGCUUCUAUAAAGACACUGAGCGCGGCACAAAACGCCGCCAUUGGAAUCAACAGUAUUAUUAACUCUAAAUCUAGUUUAACCAUAAGCUCAUUAUUUGAGGACAGAUUAAAGUGCUCAGCAAAAUCGUCUGAACAUUCUUCUAGUGUUUUCAGUUCUAAUUCUACGCUUACAUCUCAUUCUAGUACAACUAACGUCUCUAAAGACGAACCCAAACUUCCAAACAACAGACCCUCUUUCAUGAUCACUGACAUUCUUUCAUCAGAUAACAAUAAAAAGGACAGAGAAGUCUGCCAAAGUGUGUUCUCGGAUCCAAGGUUGCUUUCUCUCCCACACCGACAUUUCAUUGACAGACCGUUGACUGCCAGUUCGUGCGGGUCCGAUCCAGGAAGUGUAGCCGUACACAGAUAUACAGACGACAGUGAUUUUGACGAGGAUAAGUCGGAUAAUGAAGAAAAUUCUGAGUCACAUAACACAUCUGGUAGAGAUAGCCCACCACACCUUCUAAAACCGAAGAAGCCAAGGAAAGCUAGGACGGCAUUUACAGACCACCAGUUAAAUUCCCUAGAGAAGACGUUUGAAAGACAGAAAUAUUUAAGCGUACAAGACAGAAUGGAAUUGGCGGCAAAACUGAACCUUACCGAUACCCAAGUUAAAACCUGGUAUCAAAACAGAAGGACAAAAUGGAAAAGACAAACAGCAGUCGGGCUCGAACUCUUAGCAGAAGCUGGAAACUACGCAGCUGUCCAACGCAUGCUCCAAACCAACCCGUACUGGUUUACAUACCACCCACAAGCAGCUGGCAUCAUUUCCAACCUAGAUGCAUUGUACUAUAGACCACAAACUGAGAGUACUCUGACCCAGGCGAGCCAGAGACCAACGUUACCAAGGAUGUUCAUACAUGGCUUACAACAGCAUGUGAAUCAUUUACCUAGUCCAGGAAUGUUUGGAGAGAACAGAAACUGAAAUUGUUACGCAAAUAAAUUUUAUUGAUAAAUAAACUAAAAAACCUGCUUUAUCAGAAACGUUAAUGUUUUACCUGUGUGAUAAGCAAGCACUUAAGAUAAUCUAUCAAAUUAUCAAAUGACUAGUCAAAUGACUAGUCUGAAAGAACUUGAUAAUGAACGAAUUUAAAUAAUUUAAAAACAAUACAAUAAAGACAGUGCAGCUGAUUGUUGAAGCCUUUGGAUCACAACACUAUUGUCUGUCAAAACAGAAUAUGAUUGCCGAUAGAGAAGAGCAAUGUAGAUUGCCAAAACUGAUAUAGAGCCGCUGAAAGUGUAUAUGUUCACUCUCGGAGACCUGUUGCAAAGAACUACAAGUUAACACAUCUAAAUUAUUGUUGAUAUAUCAGAUGCAAUGGUAUAAAAUACCCAAAAAAAUAACUUGUGAAAAAUUUGGAAAUUGACAAAAAGUGAAGGCACAAUAUUUGCUUGUAAAAGCUCAAACACAUUCUGAUUUGAACUGAGUCAAUGUGUUAAAAUUAAAACAAAAACAUAUAAAGAAGUGUUCGAGUAUUGUGUAUGUAUAUUUAUACAUUGUUAUCGCUAUUUUCGCUAUAAAUUUAUUGAUCAUCAAGGUUAGACUGUUAUAUGUAAGACAAUGAUUUCAAUUAUGAUAACAAAUGUGAAUGAAAUGUUGAAUGAAAUGUAUAAUUAAUUGAUAGGUGUCUAUAUGUUUAUUAUUCACAGAUUUAUAAAGGCUGAUUGUGUUUGACUUAUGGUGAAAACUAAUGGUAUACACGGUGACACCAAAUGGUAUAUACUGUAAUACCU